GCGUACGAGUGUAAGAGGAGUAGUAUCAACGUACGUGUAGAGUGUAGCAAGGCGCAUUGUCGCGAGAUGUACGCCAGCGUGAUUCCGUACUUCCUAGCCGCCUACGUAAUUGUCAACGAUACGUCAGAAUGGACGUUCGGGCCAGAAUACUCGUAUGAUAUGAAUAUCACUUAUAUAAUAAAACCAGACCCCCACGACCAUGUCCACAAGAUACAAUUGAUCUCUACAGUAAAAUGUCGUCCUAAAACAUCAGACACUCUAUUCUGCCAUUUGUAUAAUAUUACGGAAUCGGAAUUAUUCGAGAAUCUGCACAACAUGACGCGGGAAGCACAAACGGAACAAAUAUUUGAGAUUAAAUUUAACGAGCACGGUGUGGAAGGCCUGGUGAUCGAGCCACCGUCUCGCAUGGAAGUCGUGAACGUUCUUCGAAAGAUUGCCACUCAGUUUAACGUGAUUGUCGAUCGGCGAAAGAUUGGCAUGUCGCAAUUUAUGGCCAGGGAAAACUCGACAAUGGGCGAUUGCGCGGCCGCGUACAAGAUCAUGCGUGAAGAACCCGAGAUUGACACGAUCGAGAAAAUAGAUACCGAUUUUCGGCUCAGAAUAUUGCCAUUGGUCGACGCGAAACCUGGGACGACUCUCUCGAUCGAGAAAUCUCGGAUGGGAUGUAUUAAUCCACCGCGAUAUGUCGAUUUUUCAAGGGGAAUCUUAGAUAUGAGGAGAUUUGUCAGCAAAAUACAGAUCAAUUCACACAAAUUCGAAACCUUCACUGAAUUUGAUGGAAUAGUAAGAUUUCCGACUGAAUCCGAAAUUGGGACGUUAUCCUUUAAAGAAAUGAUACAGAUUAAUCUAAACAGCAUUGAACCUGCGCCAAAUAAACUUCCGACUCUGUCCUAUGGCGAACUGAUCGAUUUAAAUACUAACAACGAUAUACCAAGCAAUUUUAUAAAUUAAAGCGACAGUCUAUAU